AUGGCGUGUAUGAGGAUAAUGCCAGUAGCCAUGAACCUUCACUCAUGCACGUUGCCAACGCUAGUUUCUAUAGGCAUAUUUAAGGGUAACGCAGUAAGCAAUUUUGGGGAGCAAGUCCAAAGCUCGAGCACGUUGCCAGCCAAGAGAUGCAGGGGUGUGUUUGAUGGUAACGCAGGCAAGCAAUGCCAAGCAAGAAAGCUUGCCCAGGAAAGGAAGCCAGCACGUUGCCAAUGCCAGAGUCCAAAGGCGUGCUUGUGGACAAUGCUGGCAAGCAACGCAGCAAGAAAGCAAGGCCUUGGAGAGGAGCUAGGGAAGCUCGAGCACGUUGCCACAACUUGGAGAAAGGCUGCGUGUUCCUUGGCAACGCAAGCAAGGAUGUUGGGUCAAGGAAAGGCAAGAAGAUUUGAUCCUGAAGACAAGAGAACCCUCCGAAGGUUAAGAAGAAAAGCAACAGGAAAAGGGAUAAUUGGUGAGGAAGAUUCAGAAGGAGAAGACCAAGUCAUGGAGGGGAAUUCACAUAACCCUCCUGAGGGAGUUGCCAACAAUAACGGCCUACCUCAAAGGAGAGUUCUAGCUUCUUACACUUUCCCAAAUCCAAGACACUGUGGGAGCAGAGGCUCGCUACAAUUGAUGAAGACAGCCGAGGAAGCUCAGAAUAUCAUAGACAUGGUGUCAAAUAACCAAUACUUCUAUGCUCAUCAGAGGCAACGCCAACCCGUUCAAAAGAAGGAUGUGUUGGAACUAGAAAGAGUGGACACUAUCUUGGCACAGAACAAGUUGAUGCACCAACAAAUCCAGCAACAAAUGGAAAUGAUGGCUAAGAGAAUAGAUGGCCUCCAACUAGCUUCAGUGAACACAACAAAUCAACAUUCAAUUGAAUGGGGCCAAAAUGAAGCGAGCAAUGUUGAGCAGCAACAAGAACAGGUUCAAUAUAUGCAAAAUGCCUCAAAUUCUUCUCAAAAUGACUUCCAUGGUGACACAUACAACAAAUCCUGGAGGAAUCACCCCAACCUGAGAUGGGGUGAUAAUCAAAACCAUUGGCAGAAGAACAACAACUCCAACCAUUCCCGCAACACACACAGCCAAAAUCACUCAUCUAACAACACUAACCAAUACAAGAAACUACAAAACACAUAUCAACCACCCCACAACAAUUCACAAACUCAUCAAAAUAACUUUCCUGCACCAACAUCCAACCCACAAAACUACCAUACCAGCCCUUCAACCAAUUUCCAGCAACAACAAUCAGCCCACAUCAUACCACCAAUUGACCAUCAUGAAAAUAGGAUUUCAAGUCUUGAGGCAGCCCUACAAAUAAUCGCUCAGUCCACUCAAACCUUGAUCAAAGGGCAAGAGAGAUAUGAAGCUACCAUGAAGAACCUUGAACGGCAAGUGGGACAAUUAGCCAAACAAGCUGAACGGCCAACUAAUGUGCUUCCAAGUGAUACAAUCCCCAAUCCAAGGGAAGAAUGCAAAGCUGUGCAGUUGAAAAGUGGCAAUAUAGUUGAAAGAGAAGUCAACAAAGAAGCAACAGAGCAUGAAGUGGAAGAUACAAUAGACAAGAAGGAGGAUGAAAAGGCAUCAACAUCCAAAAAGAGCAAAGAAACUAAGGAGCCACUAAGCAAGUUACCAACCCAAAACAACAAUACCAAUAACAAGAAAAUUGUGAGGCCACAGCAAGAGGAAAGAAAUGAAGGGGUAAAAUCUUAUGCACCCAAGCUCCCUUACCCAACAAGGUUACACAAAGGAAUGAGAGACCAGCAAUUCCCAAAAUUCUUAGAGAUCUUUAAGAAUCUUGAAAUUAACAUUCUAUUAGCCAAAACUUUGGAGCAAAUGUCAUUGUAUGCAAAGUUUCUUAAAGAAUUGAUCACCAAGAAGAGAAGCUGGCAGGAGAAAGAAACCGUGCUCCUCACUCAAGAGUGUAGUGCCAUCAUUCAAAAGGGACUGCCACCAAAACUCAAAGACCCAGGCAGCUUCCUCAUACCAUGCACAAUUGGGAACAUGGCCAUUGAUAAAUCACUUUGUGACCUGGGAGCAAGCAUCAACUUAAUGCCUCUUGCCAUGAUGAAGAAGCUGAUGAUAGAAGAGGUUAAACCUACAAGGAUAUCACUACAGCUGGCUGACAGAUCUCUCAAAAUACCAAAUGGAGUAGUGGAGAAUCUCUUGGUAAAAGUAGGAAAUUUUAUAUUUCCAGCCGAUUUUGUGGUCCUAGAUAUGGAUGAAGAGGGGAGCAACUCAGUUAUCCUUGGUAGACCCUUUUUGGCCACAGCCAGAACAAUCAUUGAUGUGGAAAAGGGAGAGAUGAUUUUCAGAGUACAUGAUGAGCAAAUGACCAUAAAUGUCUUCAAAGCAAUGCAGUACCCUGCUGAGAAAGAAAGUUGCAUGAGGGUUGAUGUGGUGGAUUCUUUGGUUGAAGAAGUAUUUGAAACAAACCAUCAAGUGAAAUAGGAGGAAGUCCAGGACAUCCAAGAACAAGAAGAGAACAAAUUGGAAGCACCAGAGGAACCAAGUGAAGCCAAGAAAGAAGAGGCACCACAACAAGAGUUGAAACCAUUACCCCCUCAUCUUAAAUAUGCAUUCCUGGGUGAAGAGGACAGCUUCCCAGUGAUCAUCAACUCUACAUUGAGUACAGAGGAAGAAGAAAAACUCCUUGUGGUAUUAAAAGCUCACAAAGAUACAUUGGGAUGGACCAUUAAUGAUUUGAAGGGCAUAAGCCCUGCCAUAUGUAUGCACAAAAUUCUCUUGGAGGAAAAUUCUAAACCAGUGGUACAACCUCAGAGAAGAUUGAAUCCCACAAUGAAGGAGGUGGUUCAAAAAGAAGUACUGAAGCUAUGUAAAGCUGGGAUCAUUUACCCUAUCUCUGACAGUCCAUGGGUUAGCCCAGUUCAAGUAGUACCAAAGAAAGGUGGGAUGACUGUCAUUGUCAAUGAGAAGAAUGAGCUUAUUCCAAUAAGAACAGUGACUGGAUGGAGGAUGUGCAUUGACUAUAGGAGGCUGAAUGAUGCCACACGAAAGGACCAUUUCCCUCUCCCUUUCAUUGACCAGAUGCUGGAAAGGCUGGCUGGCCAUGCUUAUUACUGCUUCCUUGACGGAUACUCUGGCUAUAACCAAAUAGUAGUUGACCCCAUGGAUCAAGAGGAGACCUCCUUUACCUGCCCUUUUGGAGUCUUUGCUUACAGGAGAAUUCAAUUCGGAUUGUGUAAUGCCUCAGCUACCUUUCAGAGAUGCAUGUUAUCAAUCUUCUCAGACAUGGUAGAAAAAUUCAUUGAAGUUUUUAUGGAUGACUUCUCCGUUUUUGGUGAUUCUUUCAAUGCUUGUUUGCACCAUCUUACCCUAGGUAUAGAGGUGGACAAGGCAAAAGUAGAAAUUAUAGAAAAGCUUCCACUGCCAAUAAAUGUAAAAGCUGUUAGAAGUUUCUUGGGCCAUGCUGGGUUCUAUAGACGGUUCAUCAAAGAUUUUUCUAAAAUAGCAAAACCACUAAGCAACUUGCUUGUGGUGAGCAACCCUUUUUCCUUUGAUGAUGAAUGUAAACAGGCCUUUGAGACUCUAAAAGCUAAGCUCACCACAGCACCAAUUAUCACACCCCCAAGUUGGGGAUUACCUUUUGAACUUAUGUGUGAUGCAAGUGACUUUGCAAUUGGUGCUGUGCUGGGGCAGAGAAAGGACAAGAAGCACCAUGUCAUCUACUAUGCAAGCAAAGUAUUGAACGAAGCUCAAAGAAAUUAUACCACAACGGAGAAAGAGCUACUAGCUGUGGUGUAUGCUUUUGAUAAAUUUAGGCAAUAUUUGAUUGGUUCCAAAAUUUUAGUUUACACUGAUCAUGCUGCUCUCAAGUAUCUAAUGUCAAAACAGGAUGCCAAACCAAGGUUAAUUAGAUGGAUAUUGCUUCUACAAGAGUUUGACAUUGAGAUCAAGGAUAAAAAGGGUAGUGAGAAUCAAGUUGCCGACCAUCUAUCAAGGUUGCCACAAGGGACAAGCCAAGAUACAUCUCAACCAGUAAAUGAGAAUUUUCCAGAUGAGUACCUCUUGCAAAUCCAACAAACCCCUUGGUUUGCAAACAUGGCCAACUACAAAGCGAGAAGGAGUAUUCCACAAGAGUACACAAGGCAACAAGUUAAGAAGCUGCUACAUGAGGCUAAGUUAUUCUUGUGGGAUGAGCCCUUCCUAUUCAAAAGAUGCCCAGAUGGAAUGAUUAGAAGAUGUGUGCCAGAAAUUGAAAUCUGCAAUGAAUGCCAAAGAACAGGAGGCUUGACAAAGAAGAAUGAGAUGCCUCAAAAGUUCAUUUUGGAAGUGGAACUCUUUGAUUUAUGGGGAAUAGACUUCAUGGGACCCUUCCCUCCAUCCUACACAUUCAAAUACAUCUUGGUGGCAGUGGAGUAUGUUUCAAAAUGGGUAGAGGCAAUAGCCACCACUACAUGUGAUGCAAAUGUGGUAUUGCAAUUUCAAAGGAGAAACAUCUUCACUAGGUUUGGGGUGCCAAAGGGACUUAUAAGCGAUGGAGGAAGCCACUUUUGCAACAAACAAUUGAACUCCCUCCUCCAUAGAUAUGGAGUAACCCACAAGGUAGCCACACCCUAUCACCCACAGACAAAUGGACAAGCUGAACUUGCAAACAAAGAGCUAAAGAGAAUUUUGGAGAAAAUUGUGGGAGCAACAAGAAAGGAUUGGCUUAAAUCCAAAUGGACUGGUCCAUACACCAUUGCAAGAGUUUCCCCUCAUGGCUAUGUGGAAUUACUUGAUGAAGCAUCAAAGGAGACAUUCACAGUCAAUGGUCACAUGAGAAGUGAAAGAAAGAAGUGA